ACAUUCCCACACACUCAACAUAAAUAAAAGGUUAUGGACACUGGACAGCACCACUACUCCUAGUACUAGUAAUCUACUAAUCUAGUAUAGUGUACAGGAGUAUGUGUAUUUGAUCUUACCUUCUCAGUUAGGAGUACUUGCUUUGGAUUGGGAGGGAAAAUAUUAAAAACCUCUUCUUGGAAUUUGCAAUACAAAUCUUCACCUUUUGAUUUUUUUAUGAGAGAGAAAAUUAACUUGUAGUUGUACUGGUGGUACAAACUACAAAGACCAAAUCUUGGACUUUAGAUUCUUGGCUGUCUUUUUUAAGUCCUUAUAAGAAAGGAGCAAACUUUAUUUCAAGAAACAAGAGGGAAACAAAGAUGUUUGCAGCUGAGAAUGGACUCAAGGGAGACCCAAGACUUCAAGCCAUUUCUCAAGCUAUCAGGGUCAUUCCUCACUUCCCAAAACAAGGGAUCAUGUUUCAAGAUAUAACAACUUUGCUACUGAAUCACAAGGCUUUUAAGGAUACCGUGGAUAUAUUUGUUGAUAGGUACAGAGAUAUGGGUAUCUCUGUAGUUGCAGGAAUUGAAGCCAGGGGGUUUAUGUUUGGUCCAUCUAUCGCCUUGGCUAUUGGUGCCAAGUUUAUCCCAUUACGGAAACCUGGAAAGUUACCAGGUGAAGUUAUAUCGCAAGCAUAUGAACUAGAGUAUGGUACAGAUUGUUUGGAAAUGCACGUCGGUGCUGUGCUACCUGGAGAACGGACAGUGGUAAUAGAUGAUUUGGUAGCCACAGGUGGUACUUUAUCUGCAGCAAUAAAUCUUCUAGAACGGAUGGAAGCUGAAGUGGUCGAGUGUGCUUGUGUUAUUGGGUUGAGUGAUCUCAAGGGAAAACGCAAGCUACAUGGGAAACCACUGUAUAUUCUGGUAGAGCCACGAGAAAUAGAGGACUGCUGCUGAGAUUCUGCAAAGGGUUAUAUGAUGCUCAGACCAUUAUUCCAAGUUUCAUCUUGCAAAUUGAUGCCUUGCCCCCACCGCAAUCUUCCUUGAAGCCUUAACCCUGUGUUUGUGUUCGUACACAUCAAUCAUGUAAUUUGUAUCAUUUUUUUCCUAUUGAUGACUUUGUCGGGAGGUCUCUCUCCUCGACUAGGAUGAACUUGUCAAGAGUAAGAUUAUGAUUUUUCCCAGAGUCAUAAUCUACUAGAUUUACUUAGUAGGCAGUAUUAUUUUCCAGAGAUGUAGCUUCAGCUUCAGUUGACACCGGUCUGCUUUACGUUAUCAGAAAAUGUGUUAAAACAUCAGUUCUUUA